AAACAUGCUGUGCUUUACAAGUUUUGACACCUGAACAUAAGACUCAGUUUCACCAUGUUCAGCUGGUUCUGGAAUCUUUUGCUGCUGUUUUGCUUUGUUAUUUCUAGCGAAACCACCUCUAUACUUGUAAAAAAGGGAAGCAACGCCACCCUGCCUUGUGAAUUAAAAGACAGAGACAUUUUUAAUGUUAUUUUAAAGCGUCAGUCAAAAAACAUUCCUGUUUGUAAGACUGAAAACUGUAGUGGACGAGCAUUUAAAAUAAAAGCCUGUGAUGUCGUCAUCAAGGAUCUGAUCUUCAGUGAUGCUGGGAAAUACAUUCUGAGAGUCUUUUACGGCAAUGAUCAGACAGAGCUGAAGCAACAAAGGGAGUACCAUCUUCAUAUUCAUGAUGAGACUUUAGUGAAAAUCGGUGAGGAGCUGAAGUUAGAUGUUCUGAGGGCCAGUGCUGAAAAAGUGGAGACAAACUCCAGUGGAGACUGGAGGGAGGUGUGGAACAGAAACCAUGGGGUCCUGGAUCAUCAUCUGACUGACAGUGAUGGAAACCUGACCAUUAAAGGGUUUACAGCCAAUGAUACAGGAACAUACAGAGUUCUGGACUCUGAAAAUAACACCUUAAUCACAGUGACUGUCAGAGAAUAUAGUACAGAAUCAGAGAAAGACAAAAUUAACGACCCAAAAGAUACUGUACUGUCUGUCGUGCUGCCUGUGGUGUCUGGGGUUCUGGUUCUGGUUCUGAUUAUAUUUGUUGUCAUCAAGAAACCCCAGUGUCAACAGAGGAACCCAGAACCUGAUCCUUACCAAGAGGUCCCAAUGGAAGAAAUUACACAAGGGGCCCAGAACAUCUAGCAACACCACUGGUUACAAUAAUUGUUAUAUUAUAAUCGUAAGAAUUGUAAUUGUAAUAUGCCUUCAGUGCCAACAGAUCUUCUGAGGAUUCUGUCAGUAUAUGUCUGCAGCUAGAGGUGUGCAAUAUGUAUCAUCUACAAUAAUAUCACAAUUGUUGGUUUUACAAUAAAGAAGCUGACAUUAUCAAGUAUGUCACUCACCUCGCAAAAACAGACCUUGAUAGUGCACACUUUCACUGCAUGCUGUAGACUAGCAGAAUGCCGUUAGACUAACCACGAAAUUCAAGUUAUGAGGCCAAAAUGCCCCUGUAUGAGUUUUAGUCUUAUAUCAUAAAAUAGCUGAGCCAGAGUGCUUUUCUUCCCAAAUAUCUGCAUGAUUGCAAAUGUGAUAUAGAUUUUAUACAACAGUUCAGUAAACAAGAAGUUAAUAUAAAGAAAGCAAAAUUUUGGACAGUAUUGUCUGAAUAUAUUUAUUAAAUGUAAGAAUUUGACAAAAUAUUAUGCAUACAUCCAAGGUAGAAAAAUGUCCACAAAGGUAAAAAUGCCCCAGGAAAUCAAUUACUAGGCUACAUCCCACAGUGAAAGUGUGCAUUA